AAAAAAAACACUGUCAUUUUAAGUGACGAAUGACAGUGACACAAAUUAUUAUUUUUUGAGGAUGAUUAUUGUGCUUCAAAACAUAAAAUAAUAUUUCAAUUCAGUUACAAAACUCUUGUACUGUGAUAAUUACAGUUUUCAACUAUACAUUAGAUACACGUCAGAUAUUUCAACAUGCCUGUGAAUAUCCCCGAUUGCCCGCCUAGCUUGAAAUCUAUACAACAUUACUUAAAAACAGCUUCGGAACAUGACGCCAGAGACCCUGUGGUGGCCUAUUGGUGUCGUUUACACGCUUUACAAGUUGGGAUGAAGUUAACCAACAAGAAAACUCCAGAAGAAACAAAGAUGUUGAUGGGUCUAAUGGACUGGUUGGAAGAAGAAAAGACAACACAUAAAGAUAAUGAAGCUAUAAGUAAUGAAGUAGCGGCACAAGCUCAUCUUGAAAAUUAUGCACUAAAAUUGUUUAUGUAUGCGGACAAACAGGACAGAGAGCAAAAUUAUGGGAAAAAUGUUGUCAAAGCGUUUUACACAUCUGGAAUGAUCUAUGAUGUCCUUACUACAUUUGGCGAGUUGACAGAUGAGGCUGCACAGAAUAGGAAGUAUGCCAAGUGGAAGGCUGCAUACAUUCACAACUGUCUUAAGAAUGGAGAAACUCCAGUCCCAGGGCCUCUUGCAGAAGAUGGAGAAACACCAAAUGAAGAGAACACAGGAACCAAUACCCAACCAGAACCCAUGGGCUUUGCGCAAAAUCCUGGAUUCAAUCCGCAAGUGACGCCGGCGACACCUCCCGUUAUACCAACAAGUUUUAGCAGCACCUUACCUGAUCCUAAUGUGGCUUUGAGAGCAGCCUCUCAGUUGCCCCCUGUACCUUACACUCCAGAUCCCAACCCUGGUGGGUUCAUACCAUAUGACCCUUCACAACAGAGUCAGCCAUCUCAACCACCUUACGGUGAUAAUUCUUUAAUGGUGGCGCAAUUGAGUCCUGAUCAAAUUGCAAAAGCUCAGAAGUACUGCAAGUGGGCAAGCAGCGCUCUUAAUUACGACGAUGUUAAAACUGCUAUCAAUAAUCUGAAAAAUGCUCUAGAGUUGUUACAAACUGGACGAGAUCCCGCUUAAGUCACAACAGGGUUGAAAUUGCAAGCGUUUAAGAGAUUUUUUGGAUUGUACGUAAGUUAUGUUACAUAUUUAAUUGAGUUGCUCUUUCUGAACCAUAUAAUAUUU